CCCCCUCCCGAUCCGGCUGCUCUUCGCUCCCUUCGGCCGCCCUCCGCCGCCUCGGUGGUUCCUCAGGCGGCCCGGCCCGGCCCGCCCGCCCCGCGUCCCCUCCGGCCGGUGCCUCUCCCCCCGGCGGGCUGCCUGCAUGUCUUUACUGCCCUCAGCCCCGCCGCCACCGCCGCCGCCGCCUCCCCCGCCGCCGCAGCCCCAGCAGCAGCCGCCUCGCCGCCGCCGCCGCCGCCGCCGCCCGGACCCUGGAGCGCUGAAUGCAGACUAAUAGGGAUGCCAAAGGAAAAAUAUGAUCCUCCAGAUCCUCGCAGAAUUUAUACCAUCAUGUCAGCAGAGGAGGUAGCCAAUGGGAAAAAAUCUCACUGGGCAGAAUUAGAAAUCUCGGGUAGAGUGCGAAGCUUAAGUACAUCACUUUGGUCAUUGACACACUUGACAGCACUGCACCUAAAUGACAACAACCUUGCUCGCAUUCCACCUGAUAUCGCCAAGCUUCAUAAUCUGGUUUACCUGGAUCUGUCAUCCAAUAAACUCAGAAGUUUACCAGCAGAACUAGGAAACAUGGUGUCUCUCAGGGAAUUGCUUUUAAAUGACAAUUAUUUACGGGUUUUGCCUUAUGAACUUGGCCGGCUCUUCCAGCUACAAACUCUAGGUUUAACAGGCAAUCCUUUAUCACAAGAUAUUAUGAGCUUAUACCAGGACCCAGAUGGAACCCGAAAGCUACUGAACUUCAUGCUUGACAAUCUUGCAGUUCAUCCAGAGCAGCUUCCUCCGAGGCCAUGGAUUACAUUAAAAGAACGAGACCAAAUUCUGCCAUCAGCAUCAUUCACGGUUAUGUGUUACAAUGUGUUAUGUGAUAAAUACGCUACUCGGCAGCUAUAUGGCUAUUGCCCGUCCUGGGCAUUAAACUGGGAAUACAGGAAAAAGGGAAUUAUGGAAGAAAUUGUUAACUGGGACGCAGAUAUCAUUAGUCUUCAGGAAGUGGAAACAGAGCAAUACUUUACUCUAUUUCUGCCAGCAUUGAAGGAUCGUGGAUAUGAUGGGUUUUUUUCUCCAAAGUCACGUGCCAAAAUCAUGUCUGAGCAGGAAAGAAAACAUGUGGAUGGUUGUGCAAUAUUCUUCAAAACAGAAAAAUUUACAUUGGUGCAGAAGCAUACAGUGGAAUUCAACCAGGUAGCAAUGGCGAAUUCAGAUGGAUCUGAAGCAAUGCUCAACAGAGUGAUGACAAAAGAUAACAUUGGCGUUGCUGUGGUAUUAGAGGUUCACAAGGAACUCUUUGGAACAGGUAUGAAGCCUAUUCAUGCUGCAGACAAACAGCUGCUUAUAGUGGCAAAUGCCCACAUGCAUUGGGACCCAGAGUAUUCUGAUGUGAAACUUAUUCAGACCAUGAUGUUUGUCUCAGAGGUUAAAAACAUUCUGGAGAAAGCCUCGAGUAGGCCUGGCAGCCCAACCGCAGACCCUAACUCCAUCCCGCUGGUGCUAUGUGCAGAUCUUAACUCAUUGCCAGAUUCAGGUGUUGUGGAAUAUUUAAGCAAUGGAGGAGUAGCUGACAACCAUAAAGACUUCAAGGAACUAAGGUACAAUGAGUGUCUUAUGAACUUCAGCUGUGGUGGAAAGAAUGGAAGCUCACAAGGGAGAAUCACACAUGGCUUCCAACUUAAGAGCGCCUAUGAAAAUAACUUGAUGCCUUAUACCAAUUACACCUUUGAUUUCAAAGGAGUGAUUGACUACAUUUUCUAUUCCAAGACUCAUAUGAACGUGCUUGGUGUCCUGGGGCCUUUAGAUCCUCAAUGGCUGGUUGAGAACAACAUCACUGGGUGUCCACAUCCUCACAUCCCUUCAGACCACUUCUCACUGUUAACACAACUUGAACUCCACCCCCCACUCCUGCCUCUUGUCAAUGGUGUUCACUUACCUAACCGGAGGUAGUGGAGUACAGCCCCGCCAAGACGGGGAUCUGUUGCUAUGGACCUGUACAGUUGUAAAUCAAAGUAUGUAGGAGUGAAGUAUGGCCGUCCUUAAGCUGCUGCUUCAGGUUCCUUUCAUUAUGUGUUUGCUAUAAGACUUUGUAUGUUUUUGUGCAUAUUGAUAUCAUUUGGCACUAGGGCUGGAACCAAAGUAUUACCGUCUGUCUCUAUCCAAAAGUUUAAUAUACUUUAAAAUUGGGUUUCUUCUCUUCCUAUUAUAUUAGAAAAUAGCAUUCACAAUUGGUAAGUCACUAAUUUGAGGUCCAACACCAGUGUUGUUCUCUAAAAUCAAAUACAUUCUUUGGAUUAUUUCAAAUAAGCCAAUCAUUUUUGUAAAAAGUGAUUUUUACAAACUCCAAAUACAAGAUUUUCAAUAGAAUGAUGGCAUGCCUUAUAGGAAAAACUUUUUUGAGUUUCUGUUUUCCUUUAUAACAAGCUGAUUUUUGGCUCCCAAGUUGUUUGCACAUUAACAAAGCACUUAAAUUUUCUUGAUUUGUACAUUAAAUGUGAUAUAGUCAUUAGCCAUAACAAGACAGUUUGAGAAAUGAAAAUAAUUGCACAACAUGCUUUCAAAAUCAAGCAUAGUAUGUGACAGUUUGUUGGCCGAAUGCUGGUUGUUUUGUUUGAGGGAUCUCCCCCCCCCCUUUCUUGGUCUGCCUAUUAGUUGUAAUCUUUAUAGAAAUACUAACUCUAAGCCCGUCUCUCCAGUUCAUUUUAUAAGAAAAUAGCAGAUAUAUACUGCCAUAUAUCUUGAAAGUAGGAUUUGGUAUUUUUAGGAUGCCCACAAAAUUAGUGUCUGGUAUUUUUCAUGUCCACUCUUCUUUGAUGUCUGGUUGUAAUGGAAAAAGAUAUGAUCCAUAUCAUCUUUACCACUACAGUUUAAUGUUUAAAGAAGAUUGCUGAAUGAAAAGCCCCGGGUCAAAGUUUCAAAAAGGGAAAGCCAUAUAAUAUUACACAUGUUUUCCAAAAUAAGUUAAGUGGCUGUUUUGUUUGUUUUUGUUUUUUGUUUUUGUUUUGAGGUAACAUUAAAGAGGAUUUUGAGGAGAGGACAGAUUUGGGGAAAUAGUUGAAAACUUUGAAUUAUUUUUUUCUGACUCUAGCUGCCAAAUGGCCAUCAUAUGCUUUUAAUCUUUGUUGCCAUAUCUGUCUAGAUUUGAAUUAAGCUACUGGUUUAUUCCCAUAGUUUGAUGCCUCUAGAUGUAUUGGAAACCAAACCCCCCUUUGUUGUUGUUGGCCUGGAGGGCCCACUUGAAAAUCUCACUAGAGAGGCAGAGAGCAUAAAUACCAUCUUGUGGGGAGAAAAUUAGUUGGCUGCUUGAUGUUAAUUAUGGCACAGUAACAUUGGAAAAGGUUGUGUCUGUGUUUUUAAGUUUUUCUUUAUUCUGCUUUUUUGCUGCUAUAAGAGUUUUCUGAAAUUUAUAUUUUAAACUUUUCAUGCACUUUACUGUUUCUAGUAUCAAAAUGUGAUAUUUUUAAUAAACAAGAAAUUUUCCAUUAUGUGAAUGAAAUUUUAAAAGAAAAUAGCCUAUAUUUGUGUCUCACUAAUAUAUAAAGUACAAGUCAAAUUUAAAUUAUUUAAUUAGUUUUAAAUAUAUACAAAUUGUCUCUUCUUUCAAACCUGACAUCUUAGGCUGUUUUAUUAGUCUUAAAUGAUACAUUUCCUGUGGUUAUUUUAUACUAAUUUCUUCCAUAGUUUACCGAUCAGGCUGCAUAAAAUAAUAUUUUCCCAAAGGGUAAUUUUAGUGGGAUGAGGGUGGUGGGAUGAUGUAAUAUCACACAGGAUUGCAUCCAGAAGAGCUCUGUAAAGCCUAACUCCCUUUUAAAAGUGCCUAGUGACAGAGGCGUUGUCAUCUAUUGUAAUUGGAAUGUCAUUGUAGUUCAGCAAAGUUUGAUGUAAAUAAAAUAGUCUCUUAAAAAUGUUAAAGUACCUGAAUAAACAAGCAGAAGAAACCCUGAUGACAGAUUUUCCUCAGUGUUCAGGUAUCCCUUCUUAUAUACCUCAAGCAUCCAACAUCUAGCCAUGCAAAUUGAUUAUCUGAAGCAUAGUACUGGAAAGUAGAAUAGCAUGAAAAACUUAAUUUUGUGGACAUUACCUUUUUUUAUAAUCAGCUACUGUAUGUUUAAUUUUAGAUCUUUUGUUUUGGGUGGGUUUUCUGCUCUGGAGGUAUAUGCACUAACAGAACAUUCUUCUUCUUUCAUAGAUGCAUGUUAAUUAGCAAUGUGAGCAAUAUUUCCUACCAUACUUCACUCCCGAUAUUUUUUGAGAUGUUUGUAUAAAAUGAAAUUUAAAGUUCACUUAUGAUUGUAUAUGAACCACAGAGGAGCCCAUUUAUUAAUAAAAAUCUUUUUUAAUAGUUAAAUGUAGAGGGGAAAAUAAAAAAAAUUGGGAAACAUUGUAAACAGCUUAAGUUUAUUUUGUGUAUGAUUGAGGCACUCUGUUGCAAGAAGGUGUGUAAUUGGGUCUCUCUGCUUCCAAAUGCACUCUUUCAAACCAUUCAUUAUCCUAUGUAUUUUGAUGUGUUUUCGUAAAUGUUGGUAGUAGCUCUGUUGACGUAGGUGAUUGUGUUUUGUUUUGGGUGGCACACACCUAGGGCAUGGUAACCCAAUUUUCAUGUGCACGGUUUCCCUUUAGCCUCUUGCCCAAAUUUCACACACUGUUUCCCCUUUGUUCCCUUUGUAAAAGGAGUGGUAUCUUGUUUUGAGCUGCCAGUUCAGAUGAUCAGAAAUGCUGCUGUCCUCAGCAUUGUCUUGUCAAAUGCAUGCCAUUUGGAACUUUGGCAGUGAGAAGCCCAAAGGACAAGGUGAAUGACAUGGUAUAUAUUCAAGUGAAUCAUAUAUGCUCAUAUACUUUCUAGUUCUCAGAAUAAGUUAAUAAGCUUUAUGCCGUUGGGCUGCUGCAUAUUUUAUCUGAUGAUAAAAGAAAAUUUGGGCAUUUUAUUUUUUUAACUGUUAUAUAUGAUUUCUAGUAAUUUUCUUAAGAACUGGAGUGUUAAGUUUAUUAAAACGGUGUUGUUUGAGGCAGGGGAAACUGCACUGUUUGCCAUUAUAACAGUCAUAUAAGUGCAUGUCAAGUCACCCCACUGUCAAGCAUCAGUAUCCUCCUCAUAGCUUUACAUACUUUGAUGGGGAAUAUUGCAGCAUCCUCAGGACUGACAUCUGGAAAAGGCUCAAAUCCACUUACUGCUCCUUGCUUGUUGACUUUGUUUUACAAUAUUGUGCCUGGUGUCAACUCUUAAGCAACAGCACUGCCUAAAAGCAAGCAGAGAACAGAAUCCCAGCACCAUUCUGUAGGCAACUUUUUAGAAUUCAGAUAUAGUAGAUCUGUUCAAGAUUUAUGAUGUUUUAUGUAAAAAAAAAAUUUUGUACAACAUAGCUGAAUAUUUUUGUUUGAUUUAUUUGAUGUAAGGCGUGUGAACAUUCAUUUGAAUAUCACAUGUUAGAGUCAGGUAAUGGCACAAUGGGUUCUGAGACCAGCUUACCCCACCCUCCCCAUUUGCCUUGUUCGAAUCUCUUUUUUUUUCAAAUUACAUUUCUGAUAUUCAUAGGCAGAUAUUUAAUUUUACUAAUAAGCAUCUUGUGUGAAUGUAUUUUUAAAACCACUAUGUUUUAGUGUUAUGUUUGUAGAAAUAUGAAAUUUACUUAUCUCUUUGGGGGGGGUCAUCUUAAAGUCAUAUAUCACUGAGAAGGGAGAAAGUUGAAAACUAAGACUAAUAUCACUUGAAUCUGUGGCAGAUUAUGUUAAAAUUGAGGGUGUGGCACAUUAAACCUAGAACAUGGACAAAAUUGUGCUCUGUUCAAAGAUUUUGUCUCCUGAGUAUGUCUUGUCAGUAGGUGAAAUUUUCAGUUUAUAUUGUAUUUUUGAGAAUUCAUUAAAAAAAAAAAAAUCACAGCUCCGACCUGUACACUCAGUAGCAGAUAGGAAAGAGAAGGGAAAGCACAAGGAGAAGUAGGUAGAGUGUGUGCAUUGAAGGAGCCAGGAGCACAGAGCUUAAUUUCUGACACAAAACGUACAUUUCCUACUGAUAGAAAUUGACUUCAUUCUAGUACUAAUUUAAAUUUCAAUCAUUUAUAGUCUUAGUUUCUGACAUAUUAUUAAUAGUUUUGCAAAGUAUACUAACUGGUUGGUAGUGUCAGUCACAAAAAAACAUGAAUUGUUUUACAGUAUUGGUCCUAUAGCAAGCAAAAUCUUUGUCACAUGUUCAGAGUAACCAACAUUUUGACUAAAAUGUGAGCUGUCAUGUUUGUAAGGUUGGUUUUGUUUUUUCCCUGUUUAUCACCAUAAAACCCAAAGUAACACCUUUAUAAUGUGUUAAAAGAUUUCCGUUUGGUUUGUAUCAUAUUUUUAUGACUUUUUGUCUAUUAGAACUAGAUAAAAUAAGUAGAGAAGUUAAACUUAUUUUUCUAAAUCAGGAACUUCAACUGAAGUUUUGAGUUUGUAGACAGAAGAGAACAUUUAUGUUUAUGAUUGCCCUGGAUGAUUUUAAUUCCACAAUUGCACUGCAAUUCCCCAAUUGAAAUUCAAACACAAGUAAAUGCUACUGCAUCUUUAACCUGCUCAUUUACCAAAGCUAUAGCCUGUUUAAGAACAGGAUGCCAAGAGCAUCUUUCGUACUUGUCACUUACAUGCUUAAACAGUAAAAGAAAUCCUUGGGUAUUCUGAGCAAGAGCUGCAGAAAGAGGAGAAUGGGAAGGGAAGCAGAAGAAAGAUGGGAACCUGUUCAGCACGAUGAUAGGAAAAAGGCCUGUAGAAAGAAACUGCUUCCUGAAAAGUUUUAUUAGUAUAAUUAUUUAAGUUUGGUUUAUGCUAGACUUGAUUUAUUCUUGGAUCCAAAGGAGAAACUGAAGUACUCUUAGUAAGAUAACUUUUAAAGGAUAUGAAAUAAGGGCGUGCCUAUUAAAUGUUGUUGGUUUUUUUUUUUUUCUUUUAUGGCACAGCCUAUAAAAUUAAUAGCACUGAACUAAAAUUAGAAGUAUGCCAUCAGAAAUCAUAUACCUCUUGGCCUGGUAGCAUGGUGUAUUCACCUUUCAGAAUAUUUCAAAAGGCAUCAUUUGGCACCUCUUACUGGUUAUUUUCAUUGGCAAGUUCCCUGAGUUUAAUUUUCCUGUAAUCUAUCUGUCGAUUCUAAAAGCAAAGGAGUCAUGGUAGCCCUCUUUAAAGAAAAAGAAAAAAAAAAAAAGAUAAUUUCUUGCUCGUUAUUUCAGAGCACUGACAUAUUUUCUUAGCUAUCAGUUAUUUAGUGUAACACAUUUGUUUGUGUGUAGUUACUUGAACUCAGAAUAUUGGCUCAGCAUUGGUGUGCCAAACAAUGGCUUUGCUUCUUACCAGACAGACUUAGUAUCCUGCUACUGUUUCAACCUUAAUAUGCGGUAAGUGAUGCAGUGUGUGGGUUGCUCUUUAUUCAGAAACUACUGUCAUUAUUCUGUGCUUAAUUUACUAAAAGUAUAUUCCCUUACCUGUGAAAUUUCUGAGCGGUGCUCUGCCGAUGUUUGAAAGCAAGAGUUUGGUUGGCUGUUACUGCACACUGGAUCAGGAAUUGUUCAGUGUUGAGUGGCAGAUUUAUUAAACACCAGCAGCACUGACAGGUGCACUAUGGGCAUUCUUACAGUUGUCCAAAUGCAAACUGUUCUUUCAUCCAGAAGAAGCUGAGGUGUCGGGUUAAAUAGGAAUACUUGGAGUAUUUCAAGGACAGCAAAUGCUUAAUUAACUAUGUUGUUUCUGAAGUGAGGUAGCACUUUUGUUUUUUAUUUUUAAAAAGAAAAAAAAUGUAUACUUUUUUUCUCUUUGAAAAGGCCAGGAUAUUUGAUUAUAUUCACUAGAGAUUAAAUUGUAUCUUAUUUUCAACUGUCUAAGUGCCAAGUAAUUGUCCAUGGACUUUAUACCUUUACACUCAGUUUACCAUUUGAGUAGGGAAGGGAUUAUUUAUUUUUAUUUCCUGGCAUUAAGUUGACUAAUUUAUUAUUUUGCUUACAGUUGAGUUAAUCUGUGGCCUAUAUAGUGUUUGUGUAACUCUUAAAUGGUCUAAAAGCAAAGCACAUGAUCAUAAAACUAAGCAAGAUGUUUUGAUAAUUUCCCCAUGAAUACGCGGUAAUUUCUAUUAUUUUAAGCAAAUUCUACUGUUUUAGGUUGUAUAUUUUUUAUUUUUAUCCUAAGAAAAAGCCAAGCACUAAAUCAGUGUAUCCUGGUAACCAUUUACAAUCUAAGCUUUUCUCUUUAUUUUUUUCUUUAUUAGAGAAUUUAAUGAAGUGCCAUGUAAUUGUAGCUUACUAAUAAUUAAUGUUUGAUAGACUGUUUCUGUGAUAUUCUAGACAUUUAACUCUUGUCAUCGCUGGAGAAGAUGGUUCUACUCUCAUUCUCUGAUAAUAUCACCAGCUGCUUUAUUUUUCUAUUUAUUAAAACAGUUGAUAAGGUCUGGAUCUUGACUGAAUUGCUCAGCUGAGAUGUUUUUCAUACUAGACACUAUAGAAGAUGUAUGUGAAAAAGGACACGGGUGGUGGUAUUCUUUUUCAUUAAUGUGAACAUUGACUAAACAAAGCAGUCCUGCCUUUUAAAUCUUAUGGCAGCUCAGAAGGGAGGUGCUUAAGAACCUUAACUAUUAUGUCAGAUGACAAAAUAUUUUUUUCCGUUUUGGAGAUUGGGUACUGCUCACACAUGAUGUAUAGGGCUAAAUAUAUGCUUGUCUCCUUGCACCUGUGUACUCUCCCCUUCUCUCCCACUUCCCCUUUCCCUGUAGGCAAUAAAUGGCCAUUUUGCAACUGCA